GAACGCUACGACGCCGUCGUCGUCGGAGCCGGUGUCAUCGGACUGGCGUGCGCGCGCGCCUUGUCUUUGCGUGGUAUGCGCGUGUGCGUCAUCGAUAAAGCGGAGAGCAUCGGCGCGGAGACGAGCUCAAAGAACUCGGAGGUGUUACACGCGGGGAUGCAUUACGUCCCGGGAAGCGCGAAGGCAAAGUUUUGCGUCGAAGGGCGGCGAAAGAUUGUGAAAUACUGUGAGAAGAAAGAUGUAAAGUGGGAAAACAUAGGUAAACUCAUCGUCGCGCGGGAUGAGAGUCAGAUGGACGCGCUCGAGGCGAUGAUUACGAGAGCGCAGAUGAACGACGUCGACGACUUGGCGUUGCUCACGUCGGAGCAACUCACGGCGUACGAGAAAAAUGUGCGAGGUUACGCUGGGGUUUUGUCGCCUUCGACGAGUAUCGUCGACGUUCAAGAGCUCAUGGAGUCGUUUCGUCGCGAUUGCGUGCGAGAUGGGCGAACAACGGUGGCGCUCGGGGAUGAAGUGGUUGAGAUCACGCGCGGGCUGAGCAAAACGUUUCAGGUGAAGACAAAGUCGCGUCGCGUAAUUUCUACGCCGCGCUUAGUGAACGCCGCCGGGCUAUACGCACACCGGUUGUGCGAUCGGUUGUUAGAUGUUUACGACAUCUCCGUGACGCCGCCACCGCCUUUGUAUUUCGCGCGAGGGAUGUAUUGUGAGCUGAAAAAAGGCUACUCGGCGCCUUUUCAGCGGCUCGUGUAUCCUUUGCCGAGAGAAGGAGGUCUGGGUGUGCACUUCACUCGCGAUGUUUACGACAAGUGCAAGUUUGGUCCUGACAUUGAAUGGAUAGACGACAUCGAUUACACGAUGAACCCAGCGCGCGUGCGUUCGUUUUACGAGGCGAUUCGCGAGUACUGGCCUGGUUUGCAAGACGGCGCGCUUCGACCGGCGUUCACGGGUAUCCGACCUAAGCUCAUCAACGAAGCAGGUGACACUGAUGAGCCCGGCGCGACGACUGACUUUGUAUUUCAAACUGAAAGUCAGCACGGUGCGGUUGGUUUGGUGCAUCUGUUUGGCUUUGAGUCACCCGGCUUGACGUCGAGCCUCGCGGUGGCAGAAUACGUCGCCGAU